AUGGAUCAACAGCAACUUCUACCACUUAGGAAUGACCUCCAAGACCAAGCCGACCCAGAGAAAUGGGGUCACCAAAUCCAGAAUGCACCAGAGUGCAUUAUUUUGAUGGCCCGUUGUAAGCUACUCAUGUCGCAACCAUCAAUUAACGCGCUUGAUAUUCAUGUCAAAGGCUUGAAGUACACCUCAUUGAGAGCCAAUAUCCGAGAAUGUGCCCAGCUGGGUCAAGAUGCAUUGAGGAAGACAGCAGAGCAGAUGGGCACCGUCAAUUGCCUUGCGUACGACAUGGCAAAAGACAGUGGUAUUAUAGAUUCCAUUCAAAGGUACACCGUAAACGAUAGACAGUCCUUGCUGUGGCAGAGACGACGAGAGGAGUACAUUAAGCGAGGUAGAAACAAUGUUGCAAAGUCUGUCAGAAUCAUUGCAGAGUUAAAACAAGACUACGUCCAAUGGAACGAAGUAACCAAGAUCUUGCUGUCUGCACUAGAACAAAAAACAACCGACAACAUGAAGGAGAAAAAAGACACCGAGAAGCGCCUCGCUGAGCGCCAGCGUGAGAGAGACAGGAUACAACAACGAAUAACAGCCCAGGCAGAAGCCACUCAGCACCUCAAAUCGACGUGGGAGAGCCUCACAAGGGGGUUUAUGGUUGUGAGGGAAAACAGCCCUGGAAUCGAACUUGGGCUUACUGGCGCCGCAGUGAUGGCUGUAGGCGUCCCGGUUUUGAUUCAAGCUGCUUUGUCGGCAGGCCUUCCGGGUAGAAUGGACUAUCUCCAAGAGAAUAUCAAGGUACUGGAUGACAGAGUUAACGAUCUUCACGACGAGAUUGGGUCUACUAUUGGUAUGAAGAAGCUCUUGGAAGAAACCCUCCGGGACCUCAACAACCUGCAGAAGCAGGUUGAACACUUUAUGGAUUUUUUGAUCGGCAUCCAAAGGGUGAUGGACAAUAUCCAAGACGAACAGGGUCUGUAUCUGAUGGAAGGCAUGACACCCGACGAUCAAGAUCAAAUCAGACACGACCACGAGACGAGACGAGAUUACGCCAAUGACGGCGAGCUGAUGAAAUCGAAAUUUAUGACUGCAUACAAGGCAACGACUCUGUACAACGAGGUUUCAAACACCUACAUUCGUCCAGGAGUUUCUUGGUUGACUGGUCUUUGUUUUGACGACACUGAAGCCGACUUCAAGAAAGGCAUUCUUGAAAUUGAAGAAAAACGAAACGAGCUUUGCGGGGGAGCCAAGGAGUUGGUUGAUCGUCGGAUCAACGAAAUUGGAAUCGAUUUGAAAGUGGUUGAUCCGGCUCCAUCUGCAAAGGAGACGAACGAAGAGGUUACUGAGAAUGAUCAAACUCAACAAGACUGUUAUUAG